AUGCCCCUGGGCACCGCCAACGACUUCGGGCACAUCCUCGGCUGGGGGCAGAAGUACCCUGGCGACGGGAGGCGCGGCGAGUCGGCCAUGCUGUGCCUGCAGGCCUGGGUCGAGUCGGUGAUCAGCCCCCGCUCGCAGGUCGUCAACUUCGACGUCUUCGGAAUCAUGCCCGAGGCCGGGAAGGAGCACUGCGACUUCAAGCUGUGCGAGCUCACUGGCAGGAAGGGCCGGGACCCGCGGGUCCAGCUGGACGGGCGCUCCCAGAUGCUCAUGACGGAGGCUGCGCUGCCGGUGCCCUUCCUCGUGUGCCUCUACUUCUCCGCCGGCUUCGGCGCCGAGGUGGUGUCGCGGUUCCAGCUCAACCGCAAGGACCGGCCGUGGAAGAACCGGCUGGAGUACGUCAAGCAGGGCGCAGGCAUCGUCACGCAGGCCCGCCCGCCCCAGCUCGGCAACCGCAUGGAAGGCGUGUCCGUGCGCUGCGAGGGCCAGGAGUACUUCCCUCCCAGGAAGGGGGGCUCGGAGGGCCACGGCGAGCGGUACCGGGAGGUCGGCUUCUACAACAUCAACUGGCAGGCCAACAUGAUCCACGGGGCAGACCGCGCCCCCGCGUGCACCCGGCUGUGCGGGACCCGCGAGCCGGUGACGUUCAACGACGGGUGCGUCGACAUGUACCGGAUGAGGUUCCGGUCUUUCCUCAAGAACCCGGGCACGAAGUUCCAGACGGACAAGCGGCGCGACAUGACCCUGCGGCACGUGGGCCGGCCUGGCCAGGGCGUCUUCUUCCAGUGGGACGGCGAGGCGCGCUUCGCCUUCAGCCCGUCGGGGGAGGCCUUCAGCAUCCACGUCCGGAAGGUGCUCAACAUUCGGGUCAUCCCCGUCGUCCUGGGCCACGGCUUCGACCCGAAGAUCACGGGCGACCCCGACAACGGCCGCCCCGCCUCGUUCGCGUUCUGCGGCGACUCGCCGCUGGAGCGGCAGCGGGUGCGCCAGAGGAUGCUCGAGAACGUGCGCGGGGAGCUGGACGCGGCGCUGAACGCCACGAAGGGCGAGAUGAAGGCCGCCGGGCUGCCCUGCGCCGGCGACGCCGGGGCCCGGGGCACAAGAGCGGCUGCCGGCUGUCCCCCGUCUCGCUCGCUGCGAGUUGACCCGGCGGUGUACAGGCUGAUCUCCGCGUGGAUCAGGGCGUGCUCGGUGCAGGUGCUGGCGCUUCAGUCCGCGCUCCUCGGCGCCUUGGGCCCAGCCGCCGACGCCUUGGGGCCCAAGCGCAACGGCAAGGGCAGCAAGGACAAGGAUAAUGACACGGGCCCGCCUGCGACCACCGCCCAGUCGAAGACCGCCCUUGCCGACGCACUGGCGCUGAUCCAGAAGGCCGCCGAGGGCAAAUGCGAGUUCCCGGACGCCAGCCUCGGCGCCAGCGGCAUCGACUUCGUCGUCCAGCUUCGAGCGGGCCAGCAAGGGAGCGCCGACCACAUGCACGUCGACACUGCGGUGCCCGACCUCGAGAUCGAUGACGACCUGGCAGAGCGAGUCGGAAGCAUCCUCGACGGCAUGGGGCGCCCGCCGCGGGGCGGCUCCGCCUACGCUGCGGCGCCGGGGCUGCCGGCGCUCAGCGGGCCGCCUCGCGGGCCCGCGGAGAAGGUGCCCACCACCACAGCCGCAGAGCUGUCGGCCGCGGCGCUGUCCGAGCACGACAGCAAGUACGACGACAUUGCUCGGGGCACGGUCUCGACGAGGUUCAGGCUGCGGGAUCGACGAAAGCAGGAGAGCGCCUGCCAGAUCCGAAGCCACGCGGACAACGUGGGGAAGGAGCACCGCCGCCGGGCGGCGGCGUGGCGCGCCCGGGCGGUCCAGCGCUCGCCCGACAAGGCCCACACCCUGAGCACCGCGUCGGAGAAGCUGACGUACAAGAGGCAGUCGCGCCUGAAGGACGCCAUCGCUCGGAUCCAGUCCAGGAACGACGUCUGCGGAGACCAGCUGAAGCCCCCCCGCCGCCCGAGCUUUGCCGACUUGGUCACAAUCUGCAGCCAGCGCUCCAGCGUCGUCAGCUUCGAGCCCUCCUCCUUCCAGGAACAGGUGGGGGAUCACGAGGAGGCGGACGACGAGUCCAGCGACGACGAGGACCAAGAUCAGAUAGACAGCAGAGACGCCCGCUUGAAGCUGUACGGCGAGGUCAUGAAGCAGCUGGUGAGGAAGAAGCGCAGGGAGUACAAGGCGAAGCAGUUGCGCCAGCAGCAGCGGGAAGCCUUCGAGGAGAUGCCCGCCGAAGAGCGAGACGCCAUUACGGAGGUCUGCAAGCUCUACGAGGACAAGGGGCGCAUCCUGGUCCGGGACGUGCCCCAGGCGCUGGCUGAGCUGGGGCUGCGCGGCAACAAGUCCUCGGAGAGAUUCUCCGUGGACAACGCGGUGCGGCACCUCAGCGCAGCCCUCAUCACGGACAACUCGUCCAGGCCAAGCGCGGCCGUGAAGCCAGAGAUGACGAUGGUUCCGGCAGAGCACGACGCCUCCGACCCGCGGUGCACCCUCCACGCCAACGUGGCCAACCCCCUCUGGCCUGUCCAGGACCGGCCCGCUGCAGCGUCGCCGGCGAGGUCGGCGGGGAGUCUCUCGCCCGCUCCGCCCGCCGAGAGGCACCAGAGGCGCUCAUCCAGCUUCUGGAAGGACGAGGGGAGCAAGGGCAUCUUCGUAGAGGACUUCUGCGCGGUGGUGGUGCCCGCCGCCCACGCGGAGCUGCACAGCGAGCGCGCGGAUGCCCAUUUCCAGGAGUUCAUGAAGGUCGUGACGGACGACGAGAACAUGACCAUAACGUUGGAUGUCUUCCGCGAGAUGGUGAAGAAGCGCGACUUCGAUCCCGACUGUCUGGAGGCCGCCCUGAAGUCCGUCGUCGACCGCGCGGAGGCGCGGGCGGAGGAG